CGACUUACAAAUCAUCCAACAAGUGCCGGAAAUGGCGUGCCCAAAAUCUCACCUUUGCAUCUCAAUCGGCGUGUGAUGCUCACUGAGACGUUCAGAAGAAAUACAUUUGCUGUCUCUUUUAAGCUUGCUAUUUUUUGUGUUUAGCUGGCCCGUUGCCGCGGCAUCCCGAGCGGUUUAGAACCCGGCAGCUGCACAUUCGACUCCGGAUCUCCCGGACACGCAAUUAGCGGGCCCAGGGAAGAAACGACAGAGAAAAGAUGACGACUGACCCCGAGCCGCGGCGGCCGGCCGGCACCGACAGCUGGGACACUUCGACUGCCGCCAGUGAGGAGACGCCCCUGCUGCGGUCCGACACCUCGAGUUCGCAAACUGCCCGGGAUGUGUCUCCCGCGAGCCAGCGGCCACCCGGCGGCGACGGCGCCGCGGAGCAGCCCCUCGGCUGGAAGCGCACCGCAUGCAUCGUGCUCAGCAUGUGGGCGCUCAUCUUCUUGCAGGCUAGCAACAUGAGCGGCAUCUCCACCACCCAGUCCAACAUCGCCGCCGACCUGGAUGCCUACGAGUCGGCCAUGUGGUUCACCAGCGCCUACAUGAUCAGCGUGUCCUCGGUGGCCCCGCUGGCCGGCAGGCUGUCCAUGAUCUUUUCGCCCGCCACCAUGAUCCUGCUGGCGUCUAAUUGCUUCGCCUUAGGCGCCGCCGUCACCGCCGUGGCCCCGACCUUCGCCGUUUUCAUCCUUGGGAGGGUCCUGCUGGGAAUCGGGAGUGGUGGCAUUAUGACGCUCUGCAUGAUCCUUGUCAUCCAGCUCACAUCAAACAAGCGGCGGGGGCUGUGGAUCGGCCUGACCAAUGCUGGUUUCACGAUUGGCGUAUCCUCGGGCGCUGUUGUAUUUGGCGCCCUGCUGCCCGUGUUGGGCUGGCGGCUCCUGUUUGCAGCUCAAGCCCCCUUAGCGCUCUUUGCCGGCCUGGCCGUCAGUCUGAGCAUCCCUCCCUUCGCUGCCAACGGCAGCGUGAAGGACAAGACCACGCUGCAAAAGCUCGCAGGCCUUGACUACGCUGGUGCGGCCGCUUUGACUACAACGAUCGUGCUGUUCCUCUACGGCCUGUCCGGCACCAUCCAGCCGGUACCCAUCCUGCUUUCCUUCGUCACCCUCGCCGUCUUUCUUGCUGUCGAGACCCGCGCCAGCGAUCCCGUCAUCCCGCUCUCGGUGCUCAAAUCCCGCGGCGUCCUCCUCUCAUGCUUUUCUCAGCUGGGCUUCAUGGCCGCACGCUGGACCGUGCUGUUCUACGCGCCCAUCUUUGUCCUCGCCGUCCGCGGCCUGUCGCCGGCCGUCUCCGGCUCGGUAUUGAUCCCCACCAACGCCGGCUUCGGCCUGGGCGGACUCAUCGUCGGCGCGUUGCACAUCCGCCACGCCGGGUCCUUCUGGCUGCCCGCGCUCGCGUCGCUGUCACUGUUCAGCGCCGCCCUGUUCGUGCUCGCUUUCGUGAGCAACGCGGCUGCGUCGGCUGGCGUGUAUGUCGCCGUUGUCUUUCUCAACGGGUUGUGCACCGGUGCCGCGCUGAAUUACACCCUCGCGCACCUCCUGCACCUGUCCAGUCCCGACGUGCACUUUAUCGUCACUGGGCUGCUGUCCACCUUCCGCGGGUUUGCGGGUAGCUUUGGGACGGCCAUUGGCGGUGGCGUCUUUACCCGGACGUUGCGCGGCGCGUUGACGGAGGGGUUCCGGAGGCUGGAUGGCGGCGGAGAGCUGGACAAGGCGCGGGAGAAGCUGAUCAGCGUGUUGAUCGGCAGCCCGGCGGCGGUUUGGAAAGAGGGCGUCUUGAGCGCUCCCGAGAGGGCUGUAGCCGUGUUUGGAUACGAGCGGGCGCUGGAGGUCCUGUACAAGUCGGCGGCCGCCGCGUGCGUGCUCGUGCUGGUCAUGCAAGCUGGGACGGGCUGGACGGGGCCGGCGGAACAAGAAGAGGACGACGAGUUCGGGGAGGCGCUUGCCGAGGGAGACCGGACGAUGGAGGCAUAGAUGCGGUCUCUCCCGACGUCUGUUUCUGUUUCACGUGCUAGAUUACAAGGAGGCUUCGCAAGCAUGCGGCGAUGUCGAUGCCGGGCGGAUAAUCUAAUUUUGGAAUGCGAUCCCGUUGGUUAUACUAGACUCGUGGAUCUAUACG